AUGGCCGGCCAGGGGAUACGGCGAAAGCCCUCCGUUCGGAUCCUGGGAGCCUACAUAGGUCAGGACGGCAAAGGCACCACGUGGGUGACGAAAGUCGCCUUGCAGUGCAGAUCCCUCCUCCGCCUCAUCCGUAGAAUCACACACCUUCAGCAGGCGGAGCAACUCGAGAAACUCAAUCGCGAAGCCAUCUGCAUUGUUACCGGACUGCCUAAACAUACGCCCCUCCGGGAGCUGUACGCACACGGCCGCAUGAAUCUCCAGUCGGAACUCGCCAAACAGGCGCUCCUCGCCCAGAGAGACCGCCUCAGCAGCUCGACAGCUGGGCUUUCCAUAUGGGAAGAGCUUCGCGUGCCUCCCAGUCUGGACGUCCGCCCGGCGGACGCGUACUCGCCCCCUCACGAAUGCACCGAUGACUUUUUCAAGAUUGUGGACAAGACGGAACGAGAAAGGGGAGAUGUCGAAAUAAGCCUGCCCUUCUGCCGGCUUUCCAUAGAUGUCCUAUUGCGUUACCUUAUAGGGGCCCGGACGAACGUCCAGGUGGUUUCCGAAGAGACCGAGUACUUCGUAAAAUUUGUCCGAGCUGCUCUUGCCCGGUCUCCUUACAGCUGGGUUUUGAUUUUCAACGCAAUUCCAAUAUGGAAUAGUAUGAAAAAGUUGAUAUUCUUCGUGCGAGAAUGCUUUCACGUGCAGCCUCAAACCAGAGUUCAUAAAUACAUCGCUGAGCUAGUCCGCCUACGUCGAGCAAAAGGAUGGACAGGGAAUGAAGAUUUGGUUCAGUUAUUGUUCAAUGCGGAAGAAAAAUACGGCGGAGAAGUCAAGCCAAGUGGAACGAGACAUUCCACUGACAGCGGCCACUCGACAAAUUCGAACAUUCCACGUAGGGGGAUCACACCGUUUGCAACAGUAGCCAAUGCCGAACUCUUCGUCAUUGCAGGCCUUGAGGUGGUUACUUCGGCACUCACGUUCACCACGUACCUUUUGGCAAAGCAUCAAGACGUCCAAGACAAAGUGAGGGCGGAAGUAAAACUUCUCCUGGAGAAAGCUGGAAAUAUCAACUACGACAACAUCUUCAGCCUGCAGUACCUGAAUCAAGUCAUUUCGGAAUCGCUAAGGUUCUAUCCCCCACUUCCAGGGCUCGUCACCCGAAGAUGCCAGAAGAACUUUGAAUUCAAUGGGCUUCGCAUUCCGAAGGGCUCGCACAUUCAAGUUCCCGUGAAAAUGAUGCACUAUGAUCCAAGGUACUGGGUCAACCCCGAAGAGUUCAACCCUGACAGGUUCCGGCCGGAAAACAAGUCGACGAUCGAGCCAAUGGCGUACCUCCCUUUCGGCAUCGGACCUCGGAACUGCCCAGCGUCUCGGUUGGCCGAGCUAGAGCUCGCGUUAAUCAUGGCCAAGACUGUGGUCAAGUACAAGUUGCAUCUCAGCGACGACCCCGAAAAAAGGACCCUCAAGUACGUCUCACAAGUGGUUCUUGCAUUCAGCGAUGGUGGAUGUUGGAUCAGAAUGGAGAAAAUAUGAAAACAUUGCCGUGGAAA